AUGGACAGCAUCCUGCUCCGCGACGACGCGGCGCGCGACCGCGUCCGCCAGGCGGAGGAAUUCCUUGAUCCCAACGACCAGAAUGUCCGCACCUAUCGCCCCAGCAUCAUCACGAUGCUGCAAAAGAACCAGCGCCGCCUCGUGGUCAACAUUGACCAUGUUCGCGAUACGCGGCCCGAGAUGGCCGACGGCCUGCUGACGCAGCCUUUUGACUUCACACUCGCCUUCAACCAGGCGCUCAAGAAUAUUGUCAAGGCGAUUCCCAAUGCGCGUCCUGACCAGACCGACGACGACGUGCCGUACUACUGCGCCUGGGCCGGCAGCUUCGGUAUGCACGCCUGCAACCCGCGCACGCUGUCGUCCCAGCACCUCAACCAGAUGGUCUCUAUUGAGGGCAUUGUCACACGCUGCUCGCUGAUCCACCCCAAGGUCAUCAAGAGUGUGCACCACAGCGCCGCCAACGACACCUUUUACUAUCGCGAAUAUCGUGACCAGACCAUGACCAACGGCGCCACCACAACCAGCGCCUACCCGCAGCAGGACGACAACGGCAAUGCGCUCGUCACCGAGUAUGGCUUCUCCACCUACCGCGACAACCAGACCAUUUCCAUCCAAGAGAUGCCCGAGCGGGCGCCAGCCGGUCAGCUGCCGCGUGGUGUCGAUGUCAUGCUUGACGAUGACCUCGUUGAUCAUGUCAAGCCUGGUGACCGCGUGCAGAUUGUUGGCAUUUUUCGCACGCUCGGCAACCGCAACACCAACCACAGCAGCGCCCUCUUCAAGACGAUCCUGCUCGCCAACAACGUCGUGCUGCUGUCGUCCAAGGCUGGCGGCGGCAUUUCGACUGUCGACAUUACCGACACCGACUUGCGCAACAUCAACAAGAUUGCCAAGAAGAAGAAUCUGUUUGAGCUACUCUCACAGUCGCUCGCACCUAGCAUCUACGGCCACGACCAUAUCAAGAAGGCUGUUUUGCUCAUGCUACUCGGUGGUAUGGAGAAGAACCUGGAGAACGGCACCCAUUUGCGUGGUGACAUCAAUAUUCUCAUGGUUGGUGACCCCUCGACGGCCAAGUCGCAGCUGCUGCGUUUUGUCCUCAACACCGCGCCGCUGGCCAUUGCCACGACGGGUCGUGGCUCGUCCGGUGUUGGUCUGACUGCCGCAGUGACCACGGACAAGGAGACAGGCGAGCGCCGCCUCGAGGCCGGUGCCAUGGUCAUGGCCGAUCGUGGCGUGGUUUGUAUCGACGAGUUCGACAAGAUGUCCGACAUUGACCGUGUGGCCAUCCACGAAGUCAUGGAGCAGCAGACCGUCACCAUUGCCAAGGCCGGCAUCCACACCUCGCUUAACGCCCGGUGCAGUGUCGUCGCGGCCGCCAACCCUGUGUUUGGCCAGUACGACCCGCACAAGGACCCGCACAAGAACAUUGCGCUGCCCGAUUCGCUGCUCUCGCGUUUCGAUUUGCUCUUUGUUGUCACCGACGACAUUGAAGACACGCGCGAUCGUCAGAUCUCCGAGCACGUUCUGCGUAUGCACCGUUAUCGCCAGCCGGGCACCGAGGAGGGCGCCCCUGUCCGAGAGCAGGGCCAGCAGGCUCUGUCGGUAGGCAUGCAGAGCCAAACGAACGGAGGCUCGUCGCAGCGACCUACGGACGUCUUUGAGAAGCACAACGACAUGCUGCACGCGGGUGUCAGCGGCGGCACGUCAGGUCGUGGCCGCCCGGCUGCCAACAAGAAGAAGGAGCUUCUGUCCAUCCCCUUCCUUAAGAAGUACAUCCACUACGCCAAGACGCGUGUGCGCCCUGUCUUGACUCAAGAAGCGUCGGACCGCAUCUCCGACAUUUACGUGGCGCUACGCAACGACGAGAUGGAGGGCAACCAGCGCCGCACCAGCCCCAUGACGGUCCGUACGCUGGAGACCAUUAUCCGUCUGGCGACUGCACACGCCAAGUCGCGCCUGUCGAACCGCGUUGACGAGCGCGAUGCGCUGGCGGCCGAGGCCAUCCUGCGCUUCGCCCUCUUCAAGGAAGUUGUUGAGGACGAGUCGCGCCGCAAGAAGAGGAAGACGCGGACGGUCGACGAUGCCGAGAAUGCUGAGUCAGGUAGCGACGACGACGACGACGACGAGUCGAGCGACGAGGGCGACGAUGCAGCUGAUGGUACGUUCCGUCGGACAGGUGCCGCUGGUACUCCCAGCGGAUCACGGUCCACCCGCACCUCGGCACGGGCACGCGGCGGCGCCACGACCAAUGGCCGGCGGCAAGCAGCCGCUGAUGAAGACGAUGACGAGGAAGAUGCCGACGGUGACAUUGAUCCAGCAACGCCUUCACGCACAACACGGUCGGGCGGUGCCGGUACACAGUCCAGCACAUCCUUUGCUUCGUCGCUCCCCUCGUCGCGCCUGGUAUCGCAAUCCCAGUCGCAAAGACGGCGGGCUACGCAGGAGGGCGACGAUGGCGACGAUGACGAUGACGACGACGAAGACGAUGACGGCGAUGCUGAGGAAGAGGACGAGGAGGCUGACGAGCUCGCUAGCGGCGCUGCUGCCCUCAGCAUUGCACCCGCGGCUGCUGCACCAGCGACCCUGGCACCGGCUCGCAUGAACACCUUCCGCCGUCUCCUCGGCCAGCUGCAGAGCACGGACCUGUUCCAGAACGACGCGGCCAGUGUCGACGACAUUAUCACCUCCGUCAACGAGAAGAUUGCGUCGAUGCCGAGCAGCAGUGGUGGUCCCUUUUCGCGUGCUGACACGAUUCUGGCGCUGGAGAAGAUGGAGAAGGACAACCAGGUCAUGUACACGGGCGGCAACCUGGUGUACCGCCUGUAA